AACAAGAAUAAACAUUAUACAAAUAUCCCCACACACCCACACCGAGAGCAACACUCAUACCAUUGAAUGGUACCUUUAUCUUCGGAGAGGAACAAAAACAUUUCGGUCAUACGAAUAAUAAAGAAGUCGGAAUCUGUGAGUGUGAAUCGAAAUCUCGCCUUAAAGCAAUUCAACUUGAAGAAUGCAAUUGAUUUGAAAGGCAAACGUGAAAGUGAAAAGAGAUAAAAGAAAAUACAAAAAAACACACACACAAUAAGAAUAUCUGAAUAUGCUGGAAUAAUAACAGUUUUCGACUUGGACAUAAACUUUGCAUUUGAGCUCAGGCCGCUAAAAAAAAUAUGCAGGGCCAUUAUGGGAAUAGUGUAACCUCAGAUCACACCAAACACCUGUGGCAUAGACAAUUGUUCUGCAACAACAAAUACUCCUCUCUCUUCUUGGACUACCACCAACCACGACUAACAACGAGUGCUGAUAUCGACAUUAAUUUUAGUCAUUUCUGUAUCAGCACUAAUUAUGGGUCCGGACUUAGUUCGGACUGUAACUGCAAGUGCAAGUUGAGUCGUAAUGGAUAUGGAAAUAUGACACGAAAACUCUACCAAAUCACAAAAUCGCCAUGGAAUCGAACUCGGUUAGCCGUAUUAGCUGCAUUCUUGAUACUCUUGCUUUUCAGCACGGCUUCCGGUGUGAAUUGUCAGCAGGAAAUGCAGGAGAGCUCAAGCCUUGGAGUAGAAUCCGAAGUGCCUGUAUUAAAUAGUAGUGAAAAGAGUUCUUUCCAGCCCCCGCAGUCUUUGUCAACGUCACCAUCCUUCGCUUCGACAACAACUGGAACAAUCAGUUUAGCCGACAGAAUAGCAACGGGGGAAAUCGUUGAAAAGGGCAAAGCCGAAAAGCUAUCAUCAACUGAUAAGGCAUCCGUUCCGAAUGCAUCCCCUCGAAUGAGGACGUUUGCGAAUCCAAGCGGCCGCGGAGUUUCCUUGAACAUGAACCGUAACACCUUAAUAAAUGGCGACAACAUGUUACAGCGACAGCUACGAGAAAAAGCGAAACAAGAUAGCUUAGAGUCCAUUAAGAUGCACAUUUUAAUGCGUCUAAAUCUAAAGAAACUUCCGAAUAUAACCAAACCAAUAUCGGUGCCCCAGAACAUAAUCGAAGACUUUUACAAGGGUUACAAUGCAUCACUAUCAAGUUCGGGACGGCGUCGCAACAGUGAAUCAUCAGCAUCAGCGAGUUUGCCCAGUUUCAACAAAAAUCUUCAUUCAGAGACACUGGCGUCGGACGUUUCCGUUUCGGGUGAAAGUGAGAAUUUGUCCACCCAAAUGCAAGGAGACGACGCCAACGCGAACUCUCUAAACCAAUUCAAAAUUAACAAUGACCGAAAUGGCGAUGCAGGAACCGAGUUUGGAAUGGACGAUGAGGAUGAUGUGGGGAGCGAAAGUAUUCUUUCACAUGUAAGCAGCAUUUAUCUAUUUCCCGAACAGCCGCAAUCCCAUAUGCGACACCGAAAGACGGACGUUCUUCGGUUUAAGUUUGACAGCAGCUAUACGGACGUAUCGCAUGCAACUCUUCACCUAUAUCUUCGUGGCUGGGACUGGAUCAAUGCACACCAACCGGAGCUGAUUGACGAGAUCAGCAGUCAGCAGAAUAAGGACAUUGUUGUGGCCAUCCAUCGUGCUGUGCGUCGUACAAAUGGCACCAGCUUCACACAUAAGGCCAAAAUGUUUGAGUUCAGUCAGCCGAUUCCAUCAGGUCAGGGACAAUGGAUCAAUGUGGACCUGAAACCUCUCUUUGGACUUACAUUGGCUGGCGUAACUGGUCGUGGUUCAAAUGGGUCGCAAGAAAUCCUAAUCAAAGGCGUAGAGUCCUGGAUGAAACAAUUGGUCGUGACCACAGACAACACGUCAAAAAAUUCAUUGACGGUUCACAUUGAGAUCGGAUCCAAGAAGAAACAUCGACGCAAACGGAGUUUAAUGGACUGCACAGAGAGUGACCAAGAUGUCCGGUGCUGUCGUUACCCUCUCCGUGUGAACUUUACAAGCUUUGGGUGGAACUUCGUUGUGGCUCCCACAUCCUUCGAUGCGUACUUCUGCAGUGGCGAUUGCAGAGUAGGCUACCUCGAGCAAUAUCCUCACACACACUUGGCCGCUCUAACGACAUCCGCGUCUCCGUGCUGUUCGCCAACCAAAAUGAGUUCCUUAAGCUUGUUGUAUUUUGACGACAACCACAAUCUGGUGUUAAGUGUGAUACCAAAUAUGUCCGUCGAAGAAUGCAGCUGUUCCUAGCCGGUAAAUGUAAUGUAAUUCAAGGUUUUUUAUACGAAUAGCUUAGAAAUAAAUAAAAAUGUUUAUGUAAAUAUGUAUGUAUACACAAAAAAGAA